AUGUCCGAGAAUCCUAAGUCAAAACCAAGGACAACAAGUGAGUCAGAAUCAGAUAUACAUGAUAAAACGGAAUCAAAUGUCAACUCAGAUUUUAGAGCAAACUUUGCCACAAAUGAACCAACAACGUCAUCAAAUAAAAUAAAUAGAAAACCACAAUCAUCACCAUUAUUAUCAUCUACGCCACCACUGGUUUCAAAAGCUUUAGUAAAAGCAUAUCCUUAUCUAUUAAUAAUCAAUAAACUUUUAUCAAUUGCAACAUGGACAAAUGAAGAUAGUUGGGUAAAUGUAGUAUUAAUAUGUUUAUAUUCAUUUGCUGUUUUAUAUUUCGAGAAUUUAGUUACAUGGUUGGGUCAUAUUAUAAUUGUUUGCAUAAUUACAUUAUAUGCUUUAUUAAAUGAUAAAAUAAUUGAAGAAACGAAUUUACAUCCAACUUUAGAUGAUGUUGUACAAGCAUUAACUUCAACAUGUAUAAAAGCAGAUAUUUUAUUAAUGCCUAUCACUUCAUUAUCAUUAACAGCUUAUGAUGUGAAGAGAUUAUUAUUUACAACUUUAUUUCUUACACCAAUUUAUUUAAUUAUAACAUUUUUAUUAAUAAAACCAAGAAUUAUAUUAUUAUUUACAGGAAUUUUCCUUAUGACUUAUCAUUCAUCAUAUUCAAUUAUUAUACGUAGAAUAAUUUGGAAAAUUAAAUUAGCAAGAUUAAUUUGUUUUUAUUUAACUGGUCUUGAUUUAUCACAAACUAAAAAUCAUUCAUUAUUUGCAGCUGCAUUUGCAAAAGUUCAAAAUAAUAAUGAUGGAAAACCUUCAUCAAAACCUGUUAGAUUUACUUAUGUCAUUUAUGAAAAUCAAAGAAGAUGGUUAGGUAUUGGAUGGACUUCGAAUCUUUUAUCGUAUGAAAGAACUCCAUGGACAGAUGAAUUUUUAAAUGAAAGUAGUUCAAUUGAUACUUUUAAAUUACCAAAUGCAAUUGAUGAUGCUAAUUUACCAAUUGACUCUAAAAUGCACGGUGCCAAUUGGAGAUGGGUUGAUAAAACUUGGAGAUUAGAUUUAACAAAUGAUGGUGCAAUUACAUUACCAAAUUCCAAAAGAUCUAAAACAACUGCAAAUCCAUCAACUGAUGAAGGUUAUAUUUAUUAUGAUAAUGUAUGGAAGAAACCAUCAACUGAUGAUACUUUUUCAAAGUAUACAAGAAGAAGAAGAUGGAUAAGAACUGCAGAAUUAAUAUAUGAAAGUAAUGAUAAUAGUACUACUGUAUCAGAAUCAAUAGUGGAAAUUUCCGAUGAUACAAACAAUGAAAAACUUGAUCCUAACAGCAGUAAUACAGAAAUUAAAAAGAAAAACCUAAGAUUUGCAGAUACUGUAGAAGUAUCAGAUGAUGUUGUUGAUGAUGAUAAGAAAAAUAUAUAA